GGCGGAGAGUACUCGUGUGCGUGUUUCUUUUUUCCUUUUGCACGGUAUAAAGCAGAAAGUCAAGUUCAAAUUGUUUGUAGGUUUUCUAGAGUGUUUCAGAAUGGGAAAGCGUGUGGCUGUAGUUCUGGCUGGAUGUGGAGUUUUUGAUGGCAGUGAAAUUCACGAGACUUCAGCAGUUUUGGUGCAUUUAAGCAGGAAUGGGGCAGAGGUGAAAAUGUUCGCUCCUAAUAUUGACCAGAUGCAUGUAGUUGACCAUGUUAAAGGAAGCCCUACGGAGGAAACGAGAAAUGUGCUGGUAGAAAGUGCCAGGCUGGCUCGAGGUGAAAUCCAGGAUUUAACACAGCUCAAAGUCAGCGACUUGGAUGCUGUCAUUUUCCCAGGUGGAUUUGGAGUUGCAAAGAACCUUUGUUCUUGGGCAGUGGAAGGGAAGAAUUGUUCUGUGAAUGAUCAAGUAAAGUCUACACUCCUGGCCUUCCACGGGGCUAAGAAACCCAUUGGGCUGUGCUGUAUCUCCCCUGUGCUGGCAGCUAAAAUCUUUCCAGGCUGCGAACUAACAGUUGGGCAUGAUACAAAUGAUGAUGGCAGGUUUCCAGACUCGGAGACGGCUGGUGCAAUUCAGGAACUUGGAUGCAAACAUGUGUGUAAGAAGGUCAAUGAAACCCAUGUUGAUGAGAAGAACAAAAUAGUCACAACUUGUGCGUUUAUGUGUAAGGCCCCUCUUCAUGAAGUAUUUGAUGGGGUUGGAGAAAUGGUGCAGGAUGUGUUGAAGCUUGCAUAAACGAAGUUGUAUCUGAGAAACUGAAAUAAAUCAUUUGAAAAUUAAUACAGUCCCCUACUCACUGUAACUUGACGAAAGUGCAGAAGCUCAAAAACCUUGGUUUUAUUUGUCUGAUUUCUGUUACCUUUUGGAAGUAUUUUUCAAAUUUCUCUUCUAUUACUAUCCCUGAUAUGCAAUUUAACAGCUUUUGAUUGGCUCAGUCCCUUGCAUUUACUGUGCUUUAAUAAGGUUAAAAGGUGGGGACAGAAAAUAAACUAAAUCUAGAUCCAAAAUGUAUACCAGUUUUGUUUUGAAGUGGUUAAAGUUAAUAAAACAAUCCAUACAUCAUA